GUCCACCAUGGCCUCGUGGCUGGGAGGUUUGAACAACCUGUUCACAACGUCACCAAAACCACCCCCAUGCUUAAACGAAGACAAAAUGACCAAAAUAACAGUUGGCCCUUGCGGAUUUCGAGGCCUUUCAGGAACGCUUCAAAAAUGCUCCUGCACAGAGGGAUCUUGUGUCAUAUCAACGUCUGCAAUAGAUUGGCAAACAUCUUGUUGCGAGUGUUACCAUCCGCUGUCAUAUCACUCAAGCUAUAAAAAAGAGCAAAUCCACCAUCAAGGGAAUGAUUCCCUGCCUGCUGAGUCCAUACCCGCUGAGAUAUCCCCACGACCAGACACUGUUGAUACAUUGGCGCAGAUGCUAGAACAUUAUGCAAUAGUCCACGUCCAGGGCACUCCCGCCACCGGGAAGACGCGACUGGCUCGAUUGCUACAAGAUCGAUUGGAGACAAAUCACCGAGUAGUGUUCAUGGGUCUAGGCUGGCCGCCGGCUACUGGCCGCCGUCAUCCAACUGAAAUCCUUGCUGACGAAAGCCACAGAACAGGGUUUAUGAAUGUGGGAGCAAGGGAUCUGUUGACCAAGAAAAACAACGACCUUGUCUUUAUUAUUGAUGAAGCGCAAACCACCUAUGGGGAAUCCCAUCUUUGGUUCUCUGUCAUAAAAGACCGGAUGGGUCUUUCUCAUGGCCCAUCAAUUUGUCUAUUCUCUUCCUACGGCAGCCCAUCCACAGGUUCACCGGAUUAUCAAACUUCUGGCAAUACACCCCCUAUCUUACGAGCAGAGCUCCGAGUUUCUCUAGUGCCGUCCAUGUGCCCAGGAGCACCGCAGAUUUCCCUUUUUUACAACUUUGCCGAAUUUCAUGAUGUCGUUUUCAGGUUCUCAAAGAAUCGAAAUCUUGAGUUUAAAAUCGAGGACAAUUUGAAGAAUCAUAUCUAUAGCAUGACCAAUGGCCAUCCUGGAAUGGUCCGGUCUGUGCUAGAAUUUCUUGAGACUGUCUAUCGAAAUUAUUUUAAGCGUGCAAAUGCUCAGUCACUUGGCCUAGAUGAUGUGUGGACACACUUCAAUGACAACAAUGAGUUUUUUGGUUAUCUAAUAAAGACUGUUGCCGGGAGAAGUCUACCCACGCGAGCAAUGAUGGGCGGUGAAAUUCAUGCUGGUAUAGUCAGUGUGAUAUUGGGGUUGCUACAUAAUGGCUACGCAAGGUUCGAUCCCAAAAAUGAUGUGAUGGUGCGUGCAUUUCGGCAUGGUUUUAUCCAUACUGAAGCUCUUGAGAAUGGAGAGAUUCUCUGCAUACUCCCAUCUCUCCUGCAUGCUCGAUUCAUUGAGUUCUACUAUGCCUGCACGCAGGUCGGACCGUUCCCGUAUGAUGACUACCCAACCAUCAGCGAGCUUUGCCUUGCCAUUCUUCGACACUUUUGCAAGCAAUCUCUUUAUGACGCCGCCAAAAGCCAGCGAUUUGGGCCCUCAGGGCGAGUUCGCCCACCUGAGGCCGUUUUCCAGGAUGUCUUUUACCAGGCAUUCUGGCAGGCAACCCGGUCGCGUAUUGCUAUAUCCAGCGAGUGGACAGAAAAAGGUAGUGGACGCAUUGAUUUCUACAUAGUCAGCCCAGGCUGGGGCUUUGAGCUUCUGCGCGACGGGGACCAAAUAGAAGAUCACUGCGCCAGGUUUCAAAAGCAUGGAAUAUAUCACCCCUGGAUCCAAGCACAUAGUCUGCGCGAGUGGAUAAUCCUUGAUUGUCGUCAUUCCAAACCCAGAACAACAUACCCAAACCAGCCCAACUUGUGGAGGGUCGUUUUCCUGGGGGAGUAUUCACGCGUUCUGGUCCUGGAUUGCAAGAACCAACACUUGGCGGAAUUUGGACUAGCAAACAGAUGAUCUAUUCAUUGACUUCUGGAGCUGGGAUGCAACAUCUAUGUUUGGAGAACUAUCACUGGCUUGGGAGUGCGGUGCCUUCAUGAUGACACACUGGUUAGAAGAUAUGAUUUAAGGAUUUAUUCAUCAGGCUACAUGUAUUGAUACCCAGCAGAGCAGACAAGUGCAGUGUAUGUUCUGCCUUUUAUUUCUUUUUCUGAAUGAGCAAUGCUAUGUCAAGGG